AUGUCGCAGGACUACCCUUGCUCGGACCUGCUGCCUGAGUGGGCCGCUCCGCACAGCUGGCGGCUCCAGGAGGGACUGCCCCUCCACGGCAGGGAGGCAGGCCGGCAUCCUGGAUGGCGGCAUCGUCCGAGUGCAGACAAAGACUCUGGCACUUCUGCACAGGGCUGGCGGGUGACCCACUGGGAAUCGAAGUCUUUGCUUGGAUACUGCCAAGCGGUGAAUCGACAGUUUGACUUUGUGGACGUGGAUGCUUCUGGCUGUUGGUCUCACAUUGGCGCAACACUGGAGCUUGUACGACCAGGCGAAGAGUGGGCUGCUGUACCUGGCAGCUACUGGACUCACAUCAAGCAAACCUUCCCUGGCUUUUCAGAGCUUGGGCGUGCGGCUGGCCAGAUGUCCGUCGCAUGCUCAGCACUUCCACUGGCCUCGGAGGCAGGCAAACUAUUGAGGGAGGGUGGAGGGAGUGACUUUACUCACAUGAGGCCUACAGAAACUCUCCACGACCACAUGGCAAGAGCCUUGAUUUGGCGAGCCUCGGCCAGCUUGGACUCGUGCUCUGGCCAUGUGUUCUUAUUGCACUUCGGGGCUUCAAAUGACUGUUCAACUCCAGGAAUGGUGUCCGCUGCAGACAGCCUGGGGCUGAUUGCGCAACCACUUUUCAGUCUCUAUCGCGGGGCGGGUCUCUUGGCUAAGUCAAGUCGCGAUGCGUCUUCUCUGCCCGAGCUUCGCAGCUUCACCUCAUCUCAGAGGCUCGAUUCGCUUCAGCGGGGCUCCCGUGCCAGGAGACGUCUUCCGGAUUCUGCUCCGUGUGGUCCGGAGAUCUGGUGA